UCCAAAUGUCGAAUGUCCAAUGUUGUCAAUGAUUUUUUCUUAUCAUAACAGAAUUUUGCACAUUUUGCCAAUUUGGUUUGGAAAACGUCAAUUCAAAUGUCUCAUUUAUACUAUUUAAUUAAUUUUAGAUAGGAUGUGUAAGGUGGUAUUUAUUACUUCCAUUUGAAGAUCCAUAGACUUGGAACAAUUCUAAAAUUCUGUAAUUUAGAUCCAAAAAAGUCAUUACAAUGCCUCCUAAGAAAAAGAAAAAUCCAGUAAACCUUGUAGUAGGAACUGUAUCAACUAGGUCAACAAGAAGGCAAAGCAUUGUAAACAUCGACAUCCCUAAAUUGAGCCGUUCCGGUAGAUCUCCAAAACCAGCAAAAGCAACAAACAUAUCUGAAAAACCAGUUGGACAAGAAAAAAAUGAAUUCACAAAUAAAAUUCAAAUAUCCUACAAUAAGUGCAUUACAUCAAAUACUAAAACUCUACCUUCAUCGCCUAAGACUUCCCUAGAUGCUCUUGAUAAAGAUAAUAAAGCAUUACUUGAAAUUUUACAAGAUUGGAAUGAUGAGGAUGACGAACAGAUUGAAAAUUCGCCUACAAGUUCCAUGAUAAAUGAUAUAAAACCAAUUAUAAAUACAAAUGUUGAAAAGCAAUAUAAUUUAAAUGAAACCGAGGAUAUUAGUGAUUUAUCUGAAAACAAACAAAUGGAAUUAAUGCUAUCAGAGGGUUUGGAUGAUGAAGAAAUUCUCUUAGAUAAGACAAAAGAAAUGAUUAAAUCACCUCAACAUAUUGAAGAAUCUGACAAUAGUUCAACUAUCAAAGACGAUUUUAAAAUUGUUCAAGACGACAGCCGCUCUGAAGAUGUAAAUUUUGAAGCAACAAAAGAUGAUAAUUCAGUCUCGAUGAGUGGGGACAGCGUUCAUACUGAACCAGAACAAGUAAUCAUUGAAGAAAAUGCAUCAAUUCCUUUUGCAGAUGAUAUGAUUGUAGACGAAGUACAGCCAACAGAAAAGUUUGAAGAAAGCAACAUGCGUGAGCAAGACAACGAGGAUGUUCCAAGAGAAAUUGUUGAUGAAGAAACUGCAACCCUAUCAGAGGAAAUUGUUACUGAAGGAGUUUCAGAAGAAAAUAUAGAAUUUUCUGAGGUAGUUCAAAUUGCAGAAAAUAUUUCAGAAGACAGUCGGUCUAAGAGUGAUGAAGAACAGAUAGUCGUUGCUAAAAUUGAAGAAAUACACAGUGUUAAUGAUGAGAGUCAAGAUAUGGAUUGUAUGCCUGUUGUCGAACAAUUAGAUGAAAAUCAAAUUGUUGAAGAACAAAUAUUUGUUCAAGAAGACAUAAGCAUUUUAGAUAGCUUAAAAAACUCGCCAGUUGAAGAAAAAAUUGAUGAAACCAACAUAAUACAUUCAUCUGAGAAUAUAGAAGAAAGUACGCCAUUACAAGAAGAAUUAGACGAAAUGGAAUGUGAAUAUGAGACAACCGUUCACACUGACGAAGUUACAGACUAUAGUGCAAUUAAAGAAGAAGAAGAAGCAGAAUGUAAAUCUAGUGAAAAUAACAAGGAUAUACAGUUUAACUUUUCAUCAUUAUCUAAAGAAGAGAAGGAAGAAAUAUAUGAAAAUUUAGAAAGCAAAGUAGCAGAAAUGAAUUUAGUAGAUGAAAAUCUGGACAAAAAACCUAAUGAUGGAAUAAUUAAUACAAAAGAAACUAUAUAUGAGAAAGUUAUGCUUGAAUUAGCAGAUAAUGAAAAUGUAGAAUUAGUAAACAUAGAUAUUUCAUCCAAAAAAUCACCAAUAAAAAAAGACAAAAAUGUUAAAAAAGAAGUUACUAAACAACCAUCAACAAAGAAAACGAAAUCAACUACAUCAAAAGUUCAAAAAACAGAUAAAAAAGUUGACAAAUCAAGUAAGAAAAAAUCCACCAAAAUAACUAAACCCCCAACUUUUAAAAUCAACAAAGAGAAGAAACCAAUCGAAUUCAAGACCAAGAAGAAUAUAAAUGAAAAAUCCACGAAAAAAUGUAAAGAGAAAUCUCAUUUAAAAGAACCAGACAAAUUAGAGAAAAAAUCUGACAAGAAACUUACAAAAUUUGAAGAAACACUCCAGUGUCUUGCUAAAGUAGAGAUCGAAGGAGAAGAUAUACGGAGAUCAUCCAGAAUAAAAUCAAUUAGUGUAAUGAAUAAAAAGACAUCAGGCUGGGGUUUAGUUAAAUCAAAAUCAGAAACCUCGCUUAAUGACGGCGAUGCUUCAGAUAGUAAUUCUUUUCUUACCGAGUCAGACAAAAGCACUCCCACUGCUUCGCCGAAAGUCAGUAGCAGAGAUCGUAAAUCUAAAUCGGGAAUAGGUAAUUCCGAAUCCCCACUCCAUACGCCUAUUAAGUCCGAUAGUCACGUUAUUGUUCCUUUUAAAAAUGAAUGCAAUUCUAAAGAAAGAGCUAAAGAUCCAGUUGUGGAAGCUAGACUUAAACAGUUUGUUCAUCUGAAAGAAAAUUUAUACAAAACUGAUAGAAUGGUUUGCAAAGAAGCAAAAAAGAUGGCGUGUGACUGCUUUUUAACGCAAGAAGAAUUAGACAAUAAUGAUUAUUAUGGUUGCGGGGAAGAUUGUCUUAAUCGACUUCUGUUGAUAGAAUGUGGCAAUCUAUGUACAGUAGGUGAUAGAUGUACAAAUAAAAGAUUCCAAAAGAACUUUUUUGCCCCUGUUGAAGUUUUUAAUACCGAUAAGAAAGGUUUAGGACUAAGGGCUGCAGCAAAUAUCCCUUUUGGCGAAUUUAUUUUGGAAUAUGUCGGAGAAGUGCUUAAUAGUGAUGAAUUUGAUAAAAGGGCCGAGGUGUAUUCACAAGACAAAAAUAUUCAUUACUAUUUUAUGGCUUUAAGGGCCGAUGCAAUUAUCGAUGCAACAAUGAAAGGAAAUAUAUCAAGAUUUAUAAACCACUCCUGCGACCCUAAUGCUGAAACCCAAAAGUGGACUGUAAAUGGAGAACUUAGAAUUGGAUUUUUCAGCACAAGAACCAUUUUGGCGGGCGAAGAAAUUACAUUUGACUACCGAUUUCAGCGUUAUGGUAAAGAGGCACAAAAAUGUUACUGUGGAGCAAGUAUUUGUCGAGGAUGGUUAGGAGAACAGCCGGAUUCUGAUGAAGAAGAGGAGGAAGAAGAGGAAGAAAUUGAAGAAAUUAAACCUACCACGCCCAUUCCUUCAACUGAACUUGAAACGACACCCUCUGAUCUUGGAGUUAAACUUGAAGAUGAAUCGGCAAUGGAAAUUAUCGCAGAAACGCCCGAAAGCAAAGAUGUUUUAUUGCCAAUUUCAUCGGAAGAUGUGACUGCACCUCAACCACCUAAACCUCCUACAAUCAAAAAGAAGGUACAGAGAAAGAAGUCCAGAAUUGAACUGUUUGAAGAGGUGGAUCAAUUAAAUGAAGAGAUAGAAAUGCUUGUAACCACGGGAUUGAAAAAUCAAGCUCACACACUUAAGCUUAGUAGAUUGAUGGUCAGAGCUAAAGAACCUCAACAAAGAGCCAAACUUUUACGUGUUUUAAGAAGAGGAGAAUUGCCGUGUAGAAGAUUGUUCUUGGACUAUCACGGCUUGAGAUUGAUGCAUGGUUACAUGAUUGAUGCCCAACAAUUGGUAAUCACCAAUAAAAAGUUUGAAUCAUCAAGGUUAGAAAUGCUGCAAACACUGGCUGUUUUACCAAUUCCUAACAAAACGAUGCUUCAAGACAGCAAAGUUCUUCCGACAGUAGAAAAAUGGUGCACUGAUAAAGAUCUAACUUCUCCCGAAGACUCUGAAAGCAAUUCACCUAAAGAUACAGAACCAAUACCUAAACCGGUUGAAAUAAAAGACGAAAGUAAAGAUUCAAUUAAAGAAGAUCAAGCAUUAGAAAGAACCAUAGAAGACCAACAAGAAGAAAUCAAGUUUUUAGCAACAAAACUAUUAGAAGAAUGGAAAAAUUUAAAAGAAGUAUUUAGGAUUCCAAAAAAAGAAAGAAUAGAACAAAUGAAAGAACACGAAAGGGAAGCCAAUAAAAAGUUCAUGCAAACGAAUCAAAACACCUACGGAAGCGACGACUACAGGAAAAUGGAUAGAUAUAGGGGAGUAUCGAAAGGUAAAAUGGAUUGGGAAUGGGAUCGACGCAGAAGACCUCCUAAGCCUGGAGACAAACCGAGUGCGGAAUUUUUAAGACUGAGUAAAAUAGAAAGAAGGAAGUUAUUUGCCUUACAACAUGAAUUAAAAGAAGAAGAAAGGAAAUUAAAACAAAGGGAAAUGUGGAGGCAGCACGAAAUGAAUUGCAUGAUGAUUGGUGCUGAUCCUAGAUUUACAGCACCUUUUGAUCCAAGUAGAGGCUAUCAGUAUAUCUGGAAUCAACAAAUAGCUCAAUGGCAAACAGUGCCAAUACAAGAUAAUCCACGAUUAUAUCCCUCUCAACCUUCACCCCAUCAGCGGCCAAAUCUAAAUUUGCCGCCUCCUCAUUUGACAAAGCCGCCUUUACCCGCAUACCAGUACCCAUCCCCAAUAAGCUUGCAAAUGCCAUCUCUACCUCAGAAUCCAGUUCAAGGACAUCUGCCUCCUCUACCUCAGAAUCCGAUUCCAGGACAUUUGACAUCUUUAUCUCAUAUCCCAGUGCAAGGACAUAUGCCGCCGCUUCCAGGUACUCCUCAGUUAUACCAUGCACAGGCGCAAAUGUCAGUUCCAACGCCGCCCUUACCACAGGUACCGCCGCCACAACAAAUUGAGGAAGAUCCGUCACAAGUUAAAUUUAUGGGACCCAUACCACCUCCUGUUAAACUACCUCCGAAAUGGAAAUGUGCCAAAGACAAAUAUGGAAGACCUUAUUACUACCAUAUUAAAAUAAGAAGAAGUCAAUGGGAACCACCACCUCCACCUGAGCCAGUAGAAGUAUCUGAAUCAGAAUCAAGUUCGGAAUCGAGCACGGUGAGUUCGGAUUCGAGUUCUGAGAAUUCGGACAGUGAUGACGACAUCGACGACACUAGAUUAUUAUUGGAAGUGAGAAGACAAAUGGACAGUUUACCGAAAGCAUCAAAGUCCCUGCCAAUAGAUCCAGAAAAUAUGGACGACACGCCCACAAAAACGCCUAGUCCAGAUGAGAAACACUUAGAAAGUGAUUUAAGUAUGGAUGAUAUUAAGCAAAGAAGUAUUGACGAAGAUAUAAUUAGGAGACCGUCCAUAGAUAUGAGACUGAAAGAACUAGACUUGUUUAAAGAUGAUAGACCGGUAAAGAAGAAACGAAGAGUAGGAUUAUGUGAAGAAAUUAUUAUUAGUCCAAGAACUGAAGAAGAUAAAAAACAAUUCAAAGAAGAUCUCAAGAGGUACAAAGCUAAUAAAGAAAAAUUAAAGCGACAGAAAGAAAAAAUCCUUAUGCAAACCAAAAAACAGUUAAGAGAAAUUGAACUGAAAAAAGCUAAAGAGAAAAAAGUAAAGACUACAGUGAAAGUGAAACUAAAAGAAAAACCAGACUUCAAUAGCGAAGCCGCUAAGAAAAUUAAAGAAAGUUUCCGUACAAAUAUGGCUUCUACUGUUGUUAGUUCUCUAAACGCGUAUAGAAAACCUGAUUGUACAGAAGGACGAAUUACAAAUACACAGGACUUUAAACAUUUAGCGAGAAAGUUAACCCACUUUGUUAUGCUGAAAGAAAUGAAACACAUAACAAAGAUUGAAGAUUUAACGUGUACAGAUAAUGUCAAGACGAAAGCCAGAGAGUUUAUACGAAAAUAUAUGAGCAAAUUUGGCGAGGUUUAUGUCAAACGAAGCGAUUCUCCUGACUUUAAAGACUAAAUUUAACUUGUACAUCGAUCUGUGAUAGAACUGAAGGAUAAUUGUUUUUUUUUAAACCCUAUGUUUUUGAUUUGAUUGAUUUGUACUGAAAGCAAAAUGUACUAAUCAAUAUUAUUCAUACAAAGUGGCCAAAUUUAAAAUUGUAUUAAUGUUUUAGACUGAAAAUAAGAUUGAAAAUGUACUGUUUAAAUGAUUAAUUGCAUAUAGAUAGUUUGUAAAUUUAAUGCCCCGAAAGAUGGAAAAGAAAAAGAAAAAAUAUUUUCCCGCGAACAGUUAUAAGUACCGUAGAACAAGGGUGGGGAACUAUUUAAGACUUGCCUUUUUUGGAUACUAUUAAAAAAUAGCACAAGUUUCUACCUUUCCAUUUGGUAGUUUAAAGUGUUCAUUUAUGGGCCUACAAUUGAGGUAUACGGAGAGGCAUACUUUAAUGGUUUGUCCUUCAUAACGGGGAUAUUUGGGAAUACCUAAGAUUAUAAGUGUGUCUUUAAUUUAAGUGGUUAUUGGGGUUAUUCGGGAAGUAAAAAAUCAUUAAAAAAAUAUAUUCAUGGCUUAAAAAAAAACAUAAUUGUGAAAGUAAAAAACAUUCUAAAUAGGUACCGUAGAAUGGGGCUAGUAAAGAAUUUUUUAAAGGGUUUUUAGCAAUAUCUUUCUUUAAAAUAAAUCUAAACCUGGUCAAUUUUAUAGUGACAUUGGAAAGGCCUAUGAUAGGGCAACUUAUUUCCUAUAUUGUAUUUUUUUAAGGUCUUCUCAAAUUACCCCAUAGGGUGGGGCUAUUUGAAAACAUGUCUUAAAAUUGCAUAAAUCGCAAUUUCCCCACUGAAGGGGCUAUUUGGAAAAAAUAUUUUUAAAAAAGUAAAAAAACGAGUUUAUCUAAAAAACACAUACAACAUUAUAUUUUACAUUAAAUUUUAAACUAAAAAUAUAAAAUCAUUUAAAAAGAUAUACAAUAACUCAAGAAACAUCAAAAUAACUUUCUUUGAGUUAACAAACAGAUAACUAUACCAACUAGUUACUUUAUGUUUAAUUUGCAAAGAUUUGUCGUAAAGAUAAAAAAUUGCCGGGUCUCCGAACCUUCAAUUUUAGGGGGGCUAAGUUUCAUGAUAAUCAUUUCUGUUUUUAUUUCGUCCUUAUCUAACUUAAGAGGAGUUAAAAAAAAAUCUGUUGGAAGAUUUUUUUAAAAAUCCAUUAUCGUUUAAAAUGUUAAGAAAUUUUAUCUGUCCCACAUAGCAUUGACUUACAAUUGUGUAUAUCGAACAACCACCCAAUCAUUGACCUUAAAAUUAUCAUGGUGUUCUUUCAAAUGUAUAAAAGGAAGAUCAUCGUCGUCACUUUCUUCUGACUGGGCUUUUUAGUUGCUAUUAAUUUGAGGUUCUUUCAAGUGUAUAAGAGGAAAAUCAUCAUCGUCACUUUUUUCUGGCUGGUAUUUAUCAUAUGAUAAUUCCCAUGGAUUAAUCUCUGCAUCACUAAAGGACUCGUUUCUACUGGUAGAUGGGUACAAAUCAGCUGCGGAAACACUUUUUCCAGCUUCUACAAGAAGCUUCUUACGAUGCGGUGUUUUACGCAGCUUAGCAUUACCCAUGUGCAUUUCUUUAAGAAUGUCCAAAACGGAUUCUGAAAUGCCCGAAUCUAAAUUAAAAGCUGUACCUGUCGUGGAAGAUGAAGGUAAUCUUUUCUUUGGUCGUGAAGGAUUUAAAGGGUGCAAUCCAGUUUUGGUAAAACCAGAUAUUAAAUUUUGCCUUCCUUUACCAUUAUCUUCAAUCUUGUCUUGAAGCUGUGUAAGUAAUCUAGGAAAUAGAUACAUCAUUUUCCGCUCUUGACCUUUGUUCCACAUUGUCAGAAUUUCGCUCCAAUGAUUUUUUAGUGGAGCAUAAAACGCGAUGUCCAAUGGCUGCAUGACGUGAAUUGCAUUGCUUGGCAAGCAUAUAAAUGCAAUAUCCAUUUCUUCGCAUGUUUUAAGGACGUCUUCAGAAAAGUGGGAAGACAAAUUGUCCCCGAUGAGACUAAAAUAAAAAUUAAAUCUGGAUGACUUAGCUAAUUCUCUUAUUUAUACCUAGGCACUUAAGUACCUUUUUUUGGAGUUUGUUUCUAAAAAACGGAACUACCACCGUAAAAACCAAUCUCGAAAACAAGUGGCAUCAAACCACCCGCUUUUGGAUCGAUUAUAUCUAGCAUCUUUAGGGCCUCCUUCAGUCUAUGAGUUUCAAAAAUGUUCAACUUUAUACACUACAUAAACUGGUAAUAACUGCCCAUCAGCAGUGCUGGCAUACAUUACACUUAUUGCUGUUUUGGUCGAAUUUAUUAUCCUUCCGGGAUACCUUGAUCCUCUUUUAUUACCGAGAUUGUCACUUAAGUUCGUUUCGUCAAAAUUUAUCCUGAGACUAGGAUCCACCGCUAAUAACAUAUCUCUGGCAUUAUCAAAAAAAUUAUAAAUAACUUCUGGCGAAAGUGAAGCCCUUUCUGUAGAAAUAUUGGAUGAUAGACGGUCCGAUAUAAGCCAUUGAUGUCGUUUAAGAAAAGCAAAAGCUCAAUCUCUACUAUCCUUUAAACGAGUCCUUUUACAUCUUUUUAUCCAAGUAAUUUUUUUUUCAAAAAGUCUUAGGUUUAUUUAAGUCGAAGGUAAGUCCUCAUGCUGCAACAAUAUUUACGCAUUUGACAAACUAUUCCUCUUCUUCUGUAGAAAAUAUUGGAGGUCUUCCCGUUUUUUAAAAACAUUAAUCCCUCUAGCAUGUCUGCUUAUGGUUGCGAUGGGAACUUUAAAACGCUCAAAGGCCUCAGUUAAAGUUAAAUGCCUUCUUUUUUUACCGCCUUUGUCCAGUCCAUGGUGGAUAUCUAUUUUAUAUCCAUGAGAUGUAAUUUAUAGACAUGCAAAUGUCCAUAAAUAAUAGUAAUUAUAUAGUAAAUUAUUAAAAAAUUACGCCAGUGCUCGCCAUUGUGGCUAAUAGUACCGUUCAGAUAUUUAAAAUAUAUUUUUUUAAGGUGUAUUCAAUAUCCCAUGGACAUCCACUAAAUAAUCAAAGUAGGCGCGAACGCAAACCAUCGUGGAUAUCCACUAGAUGUAAUUUUUGAUUUUGCUUACUAAGUAUAGAUGGCGAUACCACUAUCGCAUCUACUCAUGCUUAACUCGCCGUAAUUGAGUUCGAUCGAAAUUUGUUUUCCAAUCAGACUCCAUUAGAGACUGGAGUCGAGAAUUUCCAUUUAUUGCUGAAGAGUCCUAAUAAGGAUGACUUUCUCCUUAGUGGGCAAAAUCAAAGGCAGAGUGUUGAAAAUAUUUUGAGUGUUGAAAAUAUUUUUUCUCUGCUAUUUUCUUUCGACGUUAUUCAAUAAUCAUUGGUUACUUUUAUGAACCUUUACUAAAGAUACCCAUAAAAUAUUUGCUGAAUAUCCGAAUUCUUCUAUAUCCUGGGAUAUAGACGGACAUUUGGUUGGAUAUCCAUAUUGGAUAUCUACAAAAUAGAUUCUGUGGAUAUCUCUGGGAUUUCUUGUAUUGUCUGGAAGAUACCCAUUAGAUAUUUUGCUGGAUAAUCCAUAGGAUAUCUUCUAUAUUCUGGAUAUAGACGGACAUUUGGAUAUCCAUAUUAGAUCCACGGAAUAUUUCUGAUAACCUGUGGAUAUAUUGGAUAUCCACAAAAGAUAUUCUGUGGAUAUCUCUGGGAUUUGGUGUGUUAUCUGGGCGGUUUCGACAGUGUUGCCAAAUAUAUCUUUUCCCACCACUUUUCUGAUUGACCCUUAUUUCUCGAAUAGUCCCUUUCUACAGUACUCUCAUUAACUGCCUGUUUAUGUUUAUUAUGAAUUCAGAAUUUCGUCUAUUUAUAGCGCAAUGGUUAACAAAAAUACAAAAUUAAAUUUUCGCCACCUUGUAAAUAAAAAAAUAUAAAAAACAAAAUUUGGACUUUGACAAGAACUGAUGGUUAAGAUAGGUGAAAAAUUUUUACACGUCUUUAUUGAUAAGUAAUUUGGUUCAAAAACUGGAAGUUUGUAUUUUGAAAUAGUAGGUACACUUAAAUGUUGAGUGUUAAUUGAUUUUUGUGACCUAUUUUAUUUAUUUAUGUAUCAUAAUUCAGUUGUUUAAAUCGAGUGAUUUAAAACAUUUUUUUAUUGUAAAAAUGG